AUGAUUCCCUUUUUUCGGCUUCGUAAACAUUUCACUCAAGUAAACUGGAAAGAUUACUGCCGUUUAGUCUACAACCACUUAAACCAUUUUACCCGUUUAACAUUUGCGCACGCAGAAAAGACGCUUAUAGGUAAGGAGAAAAGGUGUUAUACGGACCCCCUCGUUAAUAUGAAUAUCCUCAUAACUGUUAGAAAUAAUGUGUUCAUAGGUGGAAGCAAACAGGAAGGCAAACGUAAUACUGCAACUACGUUUGACUUAAGUGCGAAUGUACAAAUUCAUAGGAGUAGUGAAGUCAAUGAGUGUGGGUACAGUUGUGGAGUUGGGACUAGCAGGUUGAACGGUAUGCAAAUUUUAAAUAAUACUAUAGCUGUUUUUACAAAUCCUUUUAAAAUAUUCAAAAGAAACAAAAUGGUAAAAACUAGUUCAUAUAGAAGAAAGAGUAGGAGUUCACCAAAUGGACAAGGACAGAAAGCUAAAAUAGGGAUUAAAAGGUUAAGUGCUGAGUAUGUAAAAACAGGGCAGAUGUUAGUUAAACAAAGAAAAAUUAUUGCAUUUAAUUAUGAAAAAAAAAUAAGAAAAAGAAAUUUUAAAUAUUAUCCAGGUGAAAAUGUUAAGGUUACUAAAAAUACUAGUUUAGUAGCAUUAACCAAUGGAAGAGUUAAAUAUACAUUUCAUGUUUUACAAAAUUUAUUAAUUGUUAAUAUAUUACCAGAAGAAUUAGAUGAAUUGAAAGAAGAAGAUUUAUAUAGAUAUAGAACAGAACAUGUCAAGUCGUUUGAAGAAAAUAGAAGUUUAAUUUAUCUAAGAAUGAAAAAUAUUAUUACUUUUCCAAAAUUUACUCAUACACAAUAUAUUGAACCCCCUUUAAAACCACAAUUUUUGACUAGAUAUGAUAUAUAUGAUAAUCCAACACUCCAACGGGUCCCUCUCUUGUACCAUAAGAAGAAGUAA